ACUUGUUCUCGCGCUAUAAUGAAAUCAUAAAAUUCUUAGAGACGUGCACGUGAUGUUUCGCUUUGGUCUUUUGUUCUUGUAAAGCAUAGCUUUUGCUCGUUUACUUUGGUACAAGGGAACCAUUCUUAGCACAGGGGGUCCAUUUUAUCAUGUCAUGGAAGUCUUUCCUGGAAUAUUUACCUUCAAAGGAAGUGUUUAUUUCACUUGUCUACUACAAACCACGUCCCAAUCGUGGAAAUCGUGCUCGAGAUUUGCUUGCCAAUGAAAGGACCUUUCUUUCGUGGCUCCGAACUGGAAUGGCAGCUAUCUCUGUGGGUCUGGCUUUUGGACGUCUCAUCUCAACUACUUUGGCAGAAAUUGUGGGAACUUUGUUUGUAUUUUUAGGCUUAUUUGUAGCUGUAUAUUGCUGUCUCCGGUACUAUGUGAAUGUGUUUCAGAUUGAAGAAGACAAAUAUACAGCAGACACCGUUGGUCCCUGGAUAUUGGUUUCUCUACUGGUUGCUAUUGCUGCUAUAUCAUUUGCUCUCAUUUUUGUGUAGUUUUGGACCCAUUAUUUGCAAUACUGAACCAAUUAUUCUCAUAUAACUUGAUAUUGUUGGAUUAAUGGACUGAUAAAGUUCAAACUGAGGUAAAACUCUACAAUUGUGUUCAACUUGGUCU